CCCCCGGCCCAAGUCUUGGAUUAUCUGGUUGACGUCUACCAAACCAAGGUCUACUUUCAGCCGCUUCCAUUAUUAAGUCCUGCCAAUCUGCGUACACGGGUCCCACACUUCCCACGUUACCUCCGAUCGAGCUUUCUGUCAUUAUGCCUCCGCCACUCGGAAAGUUACUUCUAUCGCGAUAGGGAGGCGCAGGCCAUCGACUUCUACACAGCUUCUUCCCAAGAAAGCGUAAUGAGCUUGGCAGCCGAGGGAGUAGCAACGGCCGACGUAAUACAGGCUCUUUGCUUGCUAGCAUUGGGCGACAUAAUGGCAAACAAACAAACCCGGGCUUGGAUGUGUAUCGGAGCUGCUGCGAGACUAGUAUCUCUGCAAAUGCUGAGUAGACAAGGCGCCUCAAAGAUCUCUGAUGAUGAUGAGACCUUCUCUAGAUGUUACUGGAGCGUGUUUACCUUGGAGAAAGCCUUUUCUCCCACCAUUACUGUUCUGGAUCGUCUCGACAACCCACCUCCGCUCCCUCCCAGUCCUCCUCUUCCUGCGCCUGUAUCAGACCCCGAAGAUGAAGGCCACCUUAUUACUUCAGACAACAGCGACCCAGGGAUCGUCGCGCCUAGCAUUCAGAUCAUCUCAAUAUGGGGAGACAUUACAGCAUACCUAGGCGCAAUUCGGCUUGGGAAAACAGAAAUACCAUGGACUUCCAACUCGACCUACUCACAACUUAUGGUGAGGCUCCAAGAAUUCGAACUAGACCUCAGCCCGCCUCACCGGUUCGAAAACAUCCUGGUCAAACGCCGCCCGCCCUCGGAGCUCCUCAACUACCGAGAGUACUGGACGCCGUGGACGAUAAUGCAGCUAUCCUCUCACGCAGCGCUGGCAGUGCUUCACCAUCCCUUCAUUCACCUAGUGGCCCUGCGAGACCGGUCUCGCAAGACACAGCCCAAAAUCUUUCUACAACAGGUUGUAGAUCAGGCGCUGUUUCACACCGGCUGGGUGAUUCGGCUGCUGCAGACGUUUGAAGAGAUGCAUCUUGAAGUCAAUGAUCCUGUCAUGGGUCAUCAGGUUGCAGCGACGGCGAUUAUUCCUUGGCUUUUCCAGUUUGCGCAGGACCAGCACAUUGCCGAGAAGGCUCGCGAAGGUCUUUAUUUAUGUGAAAGGUUCCUUGAGCGCCUCUCUCUUCGCUGGCCUCACAUCCGCUACAAGCUACGAGUCCUCCGUGACCUUCAUUCCGCGGCCGAGAAUGGAAUGGAUAGCUCCAUAGUCACUUUCAACGCCACGAGCUUCUGGAACAUCCUGGACUCACCUCCUUCCGACUGGAACCCUUCCGAGGCAUCAGCAUCACCGAACAAAGAUCCAAAUGCCACUCUUCAGGUUACCACCAAGUUUGUCCAGCCGUGGGUGGAUGAGCACUCGGGGCAGAAGAUGAGCCAGGUCGAUCCGCCAUUCUUCUCGCCAACUGCAGGGAGCGAUACGAUAGGGCAGGUCUCCCUGGAUGACUUCUUUUCGCAGUUUGCGAUUAAUGAGGCGUUGUGGACUCAACCAGGCAUUGGGAACUCGGGCCUUGUAUAG